CGGAGCGUCGAGCGACGCGUGAUCGCACGCCCGACGUGUCGUCCGUCGCGUGAUACACCCGCGCGCUCGGAUCGCGUCGCCGGAUCGUGGAUAACGGAGCCGCGCACCCGCGCGCGACCCAAAAGCGCUUCCAUCACGAAUUUCUCGGACGGGUGUCCGUGGAGCGGGCGAUAGGAGGCGGACAGGGCGACGGAGGCUCGGGAGGAUCGGACAGCACGAGGACGAAUAGGACGCGAUGAGCGAGGCGGAGAUUCGUUUCAGGAUGCCCGAGGGCGUCGACAUAGGUCCGCUCAACAUCCCGCUCAGCGCCAAGGUCCACACGGUCAAGGAGCUCGUCGUCGCGGAGUGGCCGGCGGACAAGGUGGGCAAGCCCGCGCCCGACGACCCGCGCGAGGUUCGCCUCAUCCACAACGGCAAGGUGAUGGAGCCCGGCAAGACGCUCGCCGAUUGCAAAGUCGCGGUGGGAUCGCUGGUGACGUGUCACCUCCUGGUGCAGCCCAAACCCGAGCCGUCCAAGGGCGGAGCGGGAGGGAAGGAGAAGGGCGGCGGAGGCGGGGGAGGCGGCUCGGCGCCCGGGUGCGGCUGCGUCGUGUCGUGACCCUCCCCGGGGUGAUGGAAGGGAACGCAGGGAUGGAUUCUUUACGUCGUCGCGCCAACUCGCCAACUCGUUUGCGCGGCUCUUUUGUAUGAUGCUUUGUGAUGUACAAACCACAUCGUGAU